AACCCUUCCAGUCAGGUACGCAGCUGGAGCGAACAGGACGACUUCCGGCUUCUGGCCUUUGCGUGCCCAUUGUCUCUGGCUGCCGUCAGAGCUCCAGGUGUGGUCUCUUCACUGCUCUGUGUCGUCUGCUCCUAGAGGCCCAGCCUCUGUGGCCCUGUGACCUGCAGGUAUUGAGAGAGCCACAGCUAAGACGCUGGGACCCCCUGGAAGCCUAGAAAUGGGACCAUUACAAUUUAGAGAUGUGGCCAUAGAAUUCUCUCUGGAGGAGUGGCAUUGCCUGGACACUGCACAGCGGAAUUUAUAUAGGGACGUGAUGUUAGAGAACUACAGAAACCUGGUCUUCCUUGGUAUUGUUGUCUCUAAACCAGACCUGAUCACCUGUCUGGAGCAAGGAAAAAAACCUUUAACUAUGAAGAGACAUGAGAUGAUUGCCAAACCCCCAGUUAUGUGUUCUCAUUUUGCCCAAGACGUUUGGUCAGAGCAGAGCAUAAAAGAUUCUUUCCAAAAAGUGAUACUAAGAAGAUAUGAAAAAUGUGGACAUGACAAUUUACAGUUAAAAAAAAGCUGUGAAAGUAUAGAUGAGUGUCCGGUACACAAAAGAGGUUAUAAUGGACUUAAACAAUGUUUGACAACUACCCAGAGAAAAAUAUGUCAUUGUGAUGAGUAUGUGAAAUUCUUGCCUAAAUUUUCAAAUUCAAACAGACAUAAGAUAAGAGAUAUUGGAAAAAAACCUUUUAAAUGUGUAGAAUAUGGGAAAGCUUUUAACCAGUCUUCAACCCGUACUACGUAUAAGAAAACUGAUAGUGGAGAGAAACGCUACAAAUGUGAAGAAUGUGGUAAAGCCUAUAAGCAGUCCUCGCACCUUACUACACAUAAGAAAAUUCAUACUGGAGAGAAGCCCUACAAAUGUGAAGAAUGUGGCAAAGCCUAUAAGCAGUCCUGUAACCUUACUACACAUAAGAUAAUUCAUACUGGAGAGAAACCCUACAGAUGUAGAGAAUGUGGCAAAGCUUUUAACCACCCCGCAACCCUUUUUUCACAUAAGAAAAUUCAUACUGGAGAGAAACCAUACAAGUGUCAUAAAUGUGGCAAAGCCUUUAUUUCAUCCUCAACCCUUACUAAACAUGAGAUAAUUCAUACUGGGGAGAAACCCUACAAAUGUGAGGAAUGUGGCAAAGCUUUUAACCGUUCCUCAAACCUUACUAAACAUAAGAGAAUUCAUACUGGAGAUGUACCCUACAAAUGUGAUGAAUGUGGCAAAACCUUUACUUGGUACUCAAGCCUCUAUAAACAUAAGAGAGCUCAUACUGGAGAGAAACCUUACAAGUGUGAACAAUGUGGCAAAGCCUUUACUGCAUUCUCAACUCUAACUGAACAUAAGAUAAUUCAUACUGGAGAGAAACCUUACAAAUGUGAAGAAUGUGGCAAAGCUUUUAACUGGUCCUCAGCCCUUAAUAAACAUAAGAAAAUUCAUAUUAGGAAACCCUACAUAGCAAAGAAUGUGGAAAAUCUUUUAAAUGUUCCUCAACACUUAAUAAGCAUAAGAUAAUUCAUACUGGAGAGAAACCCUAUGAAUGUGAUGAAUGUGGGAAAGCCUUUAACCAGCCCUCGACUCUGACUAUGAGAAUUUAUAUGGAACAUAAACCUUACAAAUAUAAAGAAUGUUACAAAGCUUUUUAAGGAAGUUCUCAACCCUUAUUACACAUAAUUUAUACUGGACAGAAACCCUGCAAGUUUGAGUUUCACUCUUGUCACCCAGGCUGGAGUGCAAUGGCACGAUCUCGGCUCAUGGCAACUUCUGCCUCCUGGUUUCAAGCCAUUCUCCUGCCUCAGCCUGCCGAGUAGCUGGGAUUACAGGUGCCCAGCACCACGCCCAGCUCAUGUUGGUAUUUUUAGUAGAGAUGGGGUUUUGCCGUGUUUGCCAGACUGGUCUCAAACUCCUGACCUCAGGUGGUCCACCCACCUCGGCCUCCUAAAGUGUUGGGAUUACAGGCAUGAGCCACCACGCCCAGCCAAAAGUUAUUAAUCCUUAAGAGACAUGGCGAUAAUUCAUGCUGAAGAGGAACUCUACAAACCUGAAAGAUGCGACAGUGCUUACCACCUCCAACUUUUGUAUACAGAAAAAUAAAUUAUAUUAGUGUGAAACCUUAGAAAUAUAUGAAAUGUGAGAAUUAAUGCUACCAAAACUCCUAGAAGUGUGAAGAAUAUGGCAAAACUUUUAAUGAGUGUUUACACCUUAUUUCAGAGGAAAGCUUUUAUCCUUGAGAAAAAUUGUACAGAUAUAAAGAAUAUUGAAAAGCCAUUAAUGCCUACUCACAUCUUACUCAACAGAAGAAGAUUCACAGUUAAUAAAAGCAUUAAAAGUGCAAUUACUGUCAAAAAAUCUUUCAGAAAAUACAAGCCUUUAAAGAAAAAUAUUCUGAAAUCAUCCAUUACAAAUAUAAAGGGGGUUUGUAGUACCUUUACUUGUAUCACAGAUCUUACUGCACACAUUUGUACUAGAGGAAAACCCUGAAGCAGUUGCUCCAGCUUUGUUCAACAUCAUGGAAUUUAUAUUGGAGAAGAGUCCUGCAAAUAUAAUGAAUUUGUAAAGACUUUUUUUUCAAAAUCUAUAGCUUAGAAAACACCACAGAGUUUAUACUAAAAUAUUUUUGCAGAUGCAGUAAAUAUGAAAAAAUAUUUAAUUCAAAAUUGAUUUUACACUAGAAUAACUAAGGCACUGACACUUCAGACAUUACACUAAAUCAGUAUUGAGUAUAAAAACGAAUCCAUAACUAAAACUGUUUUUGUAUAUAACUCUAAAAGGAGAUUUUCUGAAGCAUUGUAAUUACAUUGAAAGUUUUGUACUUGUUUCCUGGAAAAAAAUUUUUGAAAAGUGAAUAAUGACAUAAUACAGCUUUCAGAUUUCUUUAUGAUGUUAUUUUAUUCCUAUUGUAUUCACAUGUGAAAGCAUGUGAUCAAUUACUGCUGCAUUAGAGAUACUACAGAUUCUUUUUUUAUUGGGUAUUAUGACCUUUUCUAUAAAAGAGUAAGGACAUUAAAAUAUAAGGUGCCUGAUGAAAAUGUCAGUGGAGAGGCUCUUUGUAGUUAACUUAUAUUAAGUAAUGUAUAAGGUGGGGGUUCCCAUUUGUAUAAUCCUAGCCUAUGAGUUAAUGUUGACACUUUGCUUUGUCUUUUGGAUGGCCUAACCUACAUUAACAUGUUGGCAGACCAUUUUAAAACUUUUUUUCAAAAAUUAUAAUGAAUUACUUUAUUAAUACAGAUAAUAAGGUGGGGGUUCAGAGUAAUAGUUUUCUACAUUAUAGUGAGAAAAAUUAUAGUUUAAAAGUAUUAAAUGAGAAUAUUAUUUUAUUGUACUUUUAUGUAAUAGAAUGUAGUACAUAUAAAAAUUGUUAGAUUAUGUGUGAACUUUGUUUUUGCCAUGUUAAGACUAUUGUGUGUUUAAUAAAGCAAUAUUAUGCCA